CGUCGUACUCACCGGCGUGGGCCCGCGGACGCCUUUGCUCCGAUCCCGGUGCCCACGCUGAGCGGUCCCUCGGGAAGCCCCGGACACCCUACCGUCACCUGUCCCCUCCCCCACCCCCACACCACCCCGUUCCCCCGCCCCCUCCUCCACCGCACCCCUCCCCCUCCCCACUCCGCCACACCACCCCACCUCCUCCCCACAGCCCUACCCCACCUCCUCACCCCUACCCCACCUCCUCACCCCUACCCCACACCACGCGGCUCCCCCACCCCCAAUCCACCUUGCCAUGCCCCCACACAGUUCACCCCCUUUCUCUGUUAAUGGCGGCUUCUCCUCCACCUGCCUUAAUUUCCUUCUGGUUCUCGUGAUCGAAUCUGGUAUGCCGGGCUCUAUGGCUUCCUUUUAUGUCCCCUCGUUGUUAUAUCUUAUGGUUCCUGUCCAAAGAUUUUUAAAGGUCCGGGUUGCUUUUCCUGAAAUGAGUUUGGUGAUUAGAAAUCUCCAGCGACUCAUCCCCAUUAGGAGAGUGCCACUUCGCAAGAAGAUGGAAAUUGUAAGGAGUAUUUUAGGAGUGGAGAAAUUUGAUCUGGGGAUCAUCUGUGUUGACAAUAAGAAUAUUCAGCACAUUAAUAGAAUCUACAGACAGAAAAAUGUUCCAACCGAUGUGCUUUCUUUUCCAUUUCAUGAGGGAAAUAAUGGAAGCAUCCUAAAUAUCCAGCCACAGAAUCUGAAAGCAGGUGAAUUUCCGCAGCCUGAUGUUCCAGAUGACUAUAAUUUGGGAGACAUUUUUCUAGGAGUAGAGUAUAUCUUCCAGCAGUGCAAAGGAAGUGAAGAUUUCUAUGACAUCCUGACUGUGACUGCCACCCAUGGACUCUGUCACUUGCUGGGCUUCACACAUGGCACAGAGGCUGAGUGGCAGAAGAUGUUCCAGAAGGAGAAACAGGUGCUAGAAGAGCUGAGCUGGCACACUGGGACCAGGCUGCAGCCCCUGAGCCAGGGCCUCUUCUGAUGCUGAGCACAGGGGCAAGGGAGCAGUCAGGGUUUCAAGCGCCUCCCUACCUCCACCCCCGCAGGAUAGAGAGAACUGGAGGAGACAGAUGCCACCCAGCACAGCAGGUGGUGAGAUGAACCCUCCCCUUUGGGCCCCAUGGAUCCAGGGCUCCCUCUAACUGGGAGUACUGCUGGUUGCUGCUGACUUGUGGGGCCGCAGAGGUGCCAGUCCAAGAAGAGGUUAAAUUCCAUCAGUGGAACUUGAUUUCUUGAAGUACAAGUGAAAUUUCGUUUCUUUGUUUAGAACACAACAGGUUUUUUUUUACUAUUGUAAAUAAAGUAGUUCUAACUUUUAGAAUUAAUAGAUAGAGCAUAUUAACUCCUUCUCUUCUUUGGGGUUCUACUGAUCUUUACUCAGCAUUUAAAAGUUUGGUAAAGAGGCGUUUCUGUUUUCCACCUCUGCAGCAUGCUCAGGGAAAUCAAACAAGCAGCCCAGAGCGGGCCUGCCCAUCAUCCCUCCUUCCUAGUAGGGCUGGAUUCCUGCAGAUGGGGGCAGUCUAGUGAGGGCUGUGGGGGUCACUGCCCAGACCUUCAGGCGCUCUGCAACCUGGAGAAGGGGGUGACAAGGCCAAGGGUGGCCCAGCAAGUGACAGGUCCACUGUACUUGACCCACAAAAGAUAUCAAGUGCAGGGAUGUGUCCUGCCCCACCUCAUCUCUCCCAGGGUGGGUGCUGCCCACAGUCAGAGUGUUGGCUUGUGAACCUGUGGAGAGCCCAACUCCCUCAGGACAAGUGGCAGGGAAUAGCAGGUUGGUGGGCAGACUCUGCCCCUUUCACCACCCACUCACUCUGCAUGUGAAGUGUCUCUGGUUCUCUCUCUCCUCCUGGGAGGCCUGGAGCUCUGGCUGCGGCACGCCAUCCCUCCGCAGCAUAGUGUCGCUCACAUCAGCAUUUCCUACUGGAUCUUCUGAAUAUUAAACACAGGACUUAGAGAGCUCUCCCACACAGUCUUUAUCAGUGCAGAUCACAGAGGCGCUCUGAGCCAAUUGCGGGCCUCCAGCACCUGGGCCCCCCCCAGAUACAGUAGUUACGAGUGAUGACCAGUGUGGGGUGGAUCCCUCCAGGGGGCUUGCAAAGGGGUCAUGGUGAUACGAUACAGCCUCUCAGAGACCCAAUGGUACUACGAUCCUGAUCAUGUGUUUCUCACAUUAAAUGAUUUGGAAACGUGAAA